AUAUGCUGUGACGUCACGCCGAUGACGUGAGACCCGCAGGGCGAGAUCCGCCAUGUUUCCCAGUUAUUUCCGAGCACACUGUUAGCGACAGUCCGCCUUCUACACUCUCCAUGUCCCUGGCAAGUGUGUAUUAACAUUGUUGUGUCUUCUUUUGAGGUCUGCUGGCAUCUGGUGGUCUUCGGAACCUUGGGGGGCGCAGUCUGGGGUGCUCUUCUGGCAGCGGCUGGCAAUGGAGUCGGGAGCGGAGGGCAUCAUUCUCCAACCUCUUUGGAAAAUUCACAACAUCGAUUGGAGUGACAGACGGAACGUGUUUGAGACAGAACCCUCGAGCCCCACUCUAGACUUGCCGCGGCGAAGCUACAACAUCAGCUACCGCUAUGAUCUGGUCAUGAGAGAUGUAGACGGAUCUCAGUUCGGUGACAAAGUCGACAAAUUGCGAGACUUGGCUGGCAAUGCACAACUAAGCGGAGGGUGGUGCCGGCCGCUUUGGAGCCAGAAGUGGUCAUGGCUGAGUGCAGACACAGGGCGCAGCAGUGCUUAGCGUCGCUCGUGCAGAGGCAGUCGAGUGUGCACGCGCGUGCCGUGGAGAGUGUGAACACUGCGGACAGUGAAUAGUUAUUUACAGUUCAGUGAGCUGCGUAACCAGUCAGUCGUCUUAUUGCAUGCUACGUACCUGUACCUAUACAUACAGAUCUAAUAGCUCUUGAGAAGUAACUCAUAGUUCACGUUGAAGUACAAAGUAUAUAUUCCUAUUUUAUAAUAUAUUUACAAUAUCCUUGAUUAAAAUGAGGGGCAUCUUUUUUUGCAACCAUUA